CGGCGCGCGCGCGCACGUAAUAGCCGCGGUGGAUGAGCGGCGUGCGCCGCACAGGUCCCGGGGCCAGCAGCGCCGCGAAGGCGUCGCGCACGUAUCCGUGUGCGGCCAGCGAUCGCUUGCUGAGGGCGCUGCUGUCGUUGGUGCUCUGGACCGUUCCCGCCCGGCGCUCGCGGCUUCGCGGGCCCAUGACCCGAAGACGCUCUGCAAUACUCACCGGGUUGGUGCUUAUCCGCUUCCGGGUGCCAGUGUGCGUCACUUCCGAGCAGAGCGCGCUCUGCCAAAAACCGCGAGAGACCUUUUGACUCCCCCCCCCCCCCCAUAUCACGUUUUCCCGCGAAUACUUUGCUUAGGUGACAGCUAGAGUGUGGGGAGCUCAACUUACCACUUUUCUGCAGAUUUUUCGGCGUGAAGGGAAAAAAAUUGUGUAGGUAUUUCAGAACAUUUUUAGUAAAGCAAUCUGAAGAAAGCCCAGGACCUCAGAAAUUCUGACUUGAGUAAGUUGUAUUGCCCAAGCCAAGAGUAAGAGUGAAGAGAAAUCUUUGCCUCCUCCUAGAAUGAUGGAGGCAGAAGGACAGCAGCCGUGGAAGACAGACUUUUAUGUGGAAUUGCCAAAAGUGGAGCUUCAUGCCCACUUGAAUGGCUCCAUUAGUUCCAAUACCAUGAAGAAAUUAAUAGCCAAGAAGCCACAUCUUAAAGUUCAUGAUCACAUGACCAUGAUUGACAAGGGAAAGAAAAGGACUUUAGAAGAAUGUUUCCAGAUGUUCCAAGUUAUUCACCAGCUUACUACUAGUGCCGAGGACAUUCUAAUGGUCACAAAGGAUGUCAUUAAGGAGUUUGCAGACGAUGGUGUCAAGUACCUGGAGCUGAGGAGCACCCCCAGAGGAGACGACGCUACCGGAAUGACGAAGAAGAUUUACGUGGAAUCCAUUCUUGAAGGCAUAAAACAGUGCAAACAAGAAAACUUAGAUAUUGAUGUUAGGUAUUUGAUGGCAGUUGACAGAAGAGGUGGCCUGACAGUAGCCAAGGAGACUGUUAAACUUGCCAAAGAGUUCUUCCUCUCUACUGAGGAUACAGUUCUUGGCCUUGACCUCAGUGGAGACCCUACUAUAGGACAAGCAAAAGACUUCUUGGAACCUCUUCUAGAAGCUAAAAAAGCAGGUCUGAAGUUGGCAUUGCAUCUUGCAGAGGUUCCAAAUAAGAAAAAAGAAACACAAAUGCUGUUGGAUCUGCUUCCUGACAGAAUCGGGCAUGGAACAUUCCUCAACUCCUGCGAGGGAGGAUCCCUGGAUCAGGUGGAUUUUGUGAGGCAACACCAGAUACCUCUGGAACUUUGUUUGACCUCAAACAUCAAAAGCCAGACAGUUCCCUCUUAUGACCAGCAUCAUUUUGGAUUCUGGUACAGCAUUGCUCAUCCUUCUGUGAUCUGUACCGAUGAUAAGGGUGUUUUUGCGACAUACCUUUCUCAAGAAUAUCGACUGGCAGCAGAAACAUUUAAUUUGACCCCAUCUCAGGUGUGGGAUCUGUCUUAUGAAUCCAUCAGCUACAUCUUCGCUUCUGACAACACCAGAUCUGAACUGAGAAAGAGGUGGAAUCACCUGAAGCCCAGAGUGCUACACUUUUAAGCUGGGAAGAGGUGAACUACUUUCGAUUAUAUGCUGUAUCCGUCUCUCCUGCCACGUCCCACUCAGUGGACUGUCCACUACUUCCUUGAAGCUCAGCACCAGGUAUAUGUGGGGUCAUGACACCAGCACCUUACGUAUGGUAAGUGCUUGUAAUACCUCAGACUAAGAGCACCGAGGCCUGGCCCGCUCCAUCUACAUGCUGCUGCUGGAGGACCGGAGGGCCGUUAGCCAGAUCCCUCUUUCCACUAGUGACUUUUUCAGUUAGCGCUCCCUCUCAGGUCAUGAUCAUAAACCUGAGAAGUUGAAGCUGUUUGUCUUCGGGAAGACCUCGGUGUUUCGUUAAUCAGACUCCCUCCGCUUCCUUUAACCCUUACAAGUGUUAUUUCCCAGGACUGUCGAUGCCAGGCCACAUUGCACACCAAAACCACUUGUGUGGGUGCCUAGUUGUCAGGUGACUGCAGUGACAAAGCUAGACUCUGCCUGCCCAUCUCAUAAUAUCUUUAGAAAUAUAUAAAGGGAUUGAAGUAAUUUCUUCAGUUUAAGAAAAGGAAAGAAUUGCUGGCUCGAAGUGAGAAAGACGUAGGCUGGAGCUUCAGUUUUCAAAUCAGCUUCUAUUUAGCUUUCUUUGUGGAAGCUGCCAGGGCUCACUUCAAAGAUCGUUCUAGGAAUGGUAGCAUUGUGGCUUCUAGGGUUCUUAGAUCUCCUAUGACCUCAUGCCCACAGGCAUAGGCUUACAUAAACACAUAUAUACCAUGGCCACUUUAGCCCAAGACAAGGACAACUAAGAUUGGCUCUGCGAGGUAAGAAGA